AUGCUUAAAAUACUAUCGAAAAUACAACAAAAUGGUGUUAGAUACAUUUCCACCCUCCCUGAUAAAGCAUCAACUUUAGCAAAAUUUGAUUUCCCCUUAGCUACUCAUACCAUAAAAUCAAUCGAUUCCAAUAUUGAAAACUAUUUAAAUAAACAACAAACUAAAGUAACAUUAAAUGGACAUGUACAUAGAAAGUCAAGAAUAAGGCCUGCUUUAGGAUUUGCAUUUUUAAGAGAUACCAAUGGUGAUGAAAUCCAAUUGUUGGCAACUCCGAAAUAUACCGAACCAUCUAUAUUUGAAUUGAUGAAAAAAUUGACUGUGGAAGAUUCUGUUAGUGUGACUGGUUUUGUUCAACCUAAAGAAUCCAAAAUGGGUAAAGAUCAACAAUGGGAAUUGGUUGUGGAAGAUUUCCAAAUAUUAAAUUCAUCUAAUUUAGAUGCUGCCCAAUUAGAUAAAUUGAAACAUAAUAGUCCUCAGAAUAUCCCUCCUCAAUUUAGAUAUUUACAAUUAAGAACACCAUACUAUCAAAAGUCUUUAAGAUUAAGGAGUGAAGCAGCAAAAGUUAUUCGAAACAUAUUUAUUGAAAACCAUGAUUUUGUUGAAAUUGAAACUCCAUUAUUAUUCAAGUCAACUCCGGAGGGGGCACGAGAAUUUUUGGUUCCAACAAGAUCUUUUAAUAAAUUUUAUGCAUUACCACAAUCACCUCAACAAUAUAAACAAAUCUUGAUGAGUUCUGGGUUUACUCGAUAUUUCCAAGUUGCUAAAUGUUUUAGAGAUGAAGAUUUACGAUCAGACAGACAACCUGAAUUCACUCAAAUUGAUUUGGAAAUGAGUUUUGUAAAUAAUUCUGAUCAAGUUGGAAUUGUUGUGGAGGAUGUGAUUCAUAAUGUUUGGAAUAAAGUUGGUGGUAAACCAACUUAUAAAGUCAAUGAUGAAGGAUUUUUGGAAAAAGUUGAUCUUGCUGAGGCUGGUAAAUCUUUACAAUUUAAUAAAUUAAACUAUAUUGAUGCCUUGGUGAAAUAUGGAAUUGACAAACCUGAUUUAAGAUCAAACUUGUCAUUCAUAAGUCUUGAAGAUAUUUUUGUUGCUAAAGAAAAUGCUGAUUUCCCAGUUGUCGAAGUUUGUGUUUUGAAGGAAGCUUUUGAUGCUUCUUCCGGGAAAUAUAAGUUACCUAAAACUUUUAUUGAUGAUCAUAACUUUUCAUCUAGAAGACCUUAUGUAUGGGCAAUACAAAAGAACGAUGAUACAUUCAGUUAUUUCAAGAAAUUGAUUGAUGCAAAUAUUAUAGCUACUACAGACAAAUUUGAUGAAAGUAAAUUGCAAGAAUUGUUAAAUUUACAACCAGGUGAUAUUCUUGCUGUAUCUACAAGAGCACAGUUCCCAUAUGAAAAUCCAACGCCAUUAGGUAAAUUCAGACAGUUGGCAAUAGAAGAAUUCCCACAUAAAUGGCAGCGUCCUAUUAUUGAAAAUGGCCAAUUAAGCGUUGAUUAUGAUCGCAAUGAUAUGGUUGUUGGAUCUUGGGUUGUUAAUUUCCCAUUAUUUAACCCAGUGGAAGAAUCUUCACUAAUUUCUAGUGCCACUCAAGAAAACUUGAAACCAAAAUACCCACUUUAUAAUUUUAAAAAAUUUGAAUCCACACAUCAUCCAUUCACUAUGGCCAAGAUUGAAGAUUACGAUUUGCUAGAGACUAAUCCUUUGAAGGUUCAUGGUGAACAUUAUGAUUUGGUCAUAAAUGGAGUUGAAGUUGGUGGUGGUUCAAGAAGAAUACACGAUCCUGCAUUGCAACAAUACAUUUUUGAAGAGAUUUUGCAAAUUUCAAAUUUCCAACAAUUGUUUGGUCAUUUAUUGAAAGCAUUGAGUAUGGGUUGUCCACCACAUGCUGGUUUGGCAUUAGGAUUCGAUAGAUUGUGUGCCAUGUUAGUAGGAUCCCCCAGUAUUAGAGAUGUAAUAGCAUUUCCAAAGAAUCAAUCAGGAGUUGAUCCAGUAGUAGAGAGUCCUACGGGAGUCAAAGAGGCAACACUUAAUGAAUACUUUAUAACUACAAAGAUCUAG